CUCCAUUUCCUUUUUGGAUCCUGUUGCCUCCUGCCUGGCUAACUCCCCAGUUGCCAAACCUUGAGAUUGGGGUGAGAAGGGGGACAAGGUGACAGAGCUGCGAUGGAGGCAAUAGAAGAAGAAAACUUUGCAGUAUCCAUCUCUUCGCCUUCUGAUGCUGAAUUCGAUGCUGUUGUUGGAUAUUUGGAAGACAUCAUCAUGGAUGAUGACUUCCAGCUCAUACAAAGAAGCUUCAUGGACAAAUACUACCAAGAGUUUGAUGAUACGGAGGAAAAUAAGCUAAUCUACACUCCCAUUUUUAAUGAAUAUAUCUGCCUAAUUGAAAAGUAUAUCGAAGAAAAGCUCUUGGACAGGAUCCCUGGCUUCAGCAUGUCUGCGUUCACCUUGUCCUUACAGCAGCACAAGGACGAAAUAGCCGGGGAUAUUUUUGACAUGCUUCUCACAUUCACAGACUUUUUGGCGUUUAAAGAGAUGUUUCUGGAUUACAGAGCUGAAAAAGAAGGCCGGGGCCUGGACUUAAGCGGCGGGUUGGUGGUGACGCCUUUAAGCCGCCCUUCCGUGCCUCCCGCCCCAAACAACCUGCGGCGCUAGUGUUUGCUCUGAAGGAGAGCCGUCUUCCUUCCAGACCUUCCAAAUGCUAAAAAAGAAGGCAUCAGAAGAGCUGGGUCCUGGGCCUUAAGGUUAUGAACCUAGUGGCAUCUUGGCACGGCUUCUUCUCUUAGGAUUCGGCAUUUUCCCCACGGUCAGUGAGUAGCGUAAUGUCCGCCCCAUUCGAAUGACGGCCUCGGAGGAUCCGGACUUCUGCUGGGCCACGAGUCCAACUGGAUUUUAAGCACUAGUAAAUGCAACCGUUUUAUGUGAGGGUCGCGGAGUUGUUUGUUCUGCAAAUCCUUGGCGCUUCUUUUUCAUGGAACGUGAAGUGUGAACUCACCUUUUUGCAGAGCAUCUACAAACUCUCAGAACCACGUUGUUUUUAGUACUAUUUCAAAUGCCACAUGUUGACUUGAGUGCGAUACGAAUUUAUGUUUCGCAAAUACAUGUCACCUGUCUGUUUGCGAACGAUUGUGAAUUCAUUCCCAAACCUGGCUGUGUUCUUCUUUUAACUGGAAUUGAAUGACUUUCUCUUGAAGUUCAGAAGUCUCCACGUCACUCUAGAACUCCCUCACACCUUGUAGUGUCUAUUCUAGUUUGUCCUCUUAUCAUGGAGCACAUUUUCUCAGUGAUGUAGCUUGAAAUCAGAAGCGUGGGUGGCUCACACGGUAUUUGGAGAACGGUCAUUCAGAGAUGUGGAGAUUCCACCUUUUUUUGUAAUUAUAACUUUACUGUUCCCUUGGCUCCUUUAAUGCUAGUUAAUCUGGAUUGAAGUUAAACAAUGAGAGCAACUCCCCUGUAUUACAAACUUAAUGCAAAUUCUGAAUUUGGUGCAUCCCUAGGAGGCAAAAUACCUGUUCUUUCCCCAAAGCAAUUAUAAUUAAAGUGGGACAAGCAUAUCCCAAGUUACUAAGGCUGCCAUAUAAUGCAGUUUAUGCAGAUUUACUGAAUUGAACUGGAUUAUAUGGCAGUGUAGACUCAUAUAAAUCCAGUUCCAUCUGCAUUGUAUGACCCUACGCUGACCAUUAUAAUGCAGUUCCAGAAUUGCGUUGAACUGGGUUAUAUGGCAGUAUAGACUCAUAUAAAUCCAAU